CGAUCGUUGGGUGUGCACUCCUAACUGUUAGCUUAACCUGUUACACCAUGAAUUUCCGACCCUGCGGACAUGUGAGCUUAUAAGUCAUUCUUGAAGGCUUACAACAGAACAAAUUUUGCUUUAUCUUAAAUCGGGUGUCAAGCCCAUGUUUUUGGCAAUUCUCCAUGUUCACAUUCAGCCUUUUCAUUCUAAUCACCGUUGCAGCAAUGUUUGGGGGCGUGUUCACGUUGUCGCGUGCGCAGAAGCCCAACACGGGUCGCAGCCGUACACGAAACCCAAUUACCGGCGAUCACACUGAGUUCUACGGAUCGCAGGUUGGAGGCAAGUCAGUCAUUAACUAUGGCUAUACUGAUAUGCCUCUAAAGUUGUUAAUGUGGGAUAUGCGAACAUUUUUUACGUUUGCGUACGCCUUACCGUGGGUCGUGUGGCCGCUUAAGCCAAGCGAGGACUCUGGCGAAUUUGCCGAAUUGUCGCUCACGCGCGGGAAUGUAUUCUGCCUUUUGAUGCAUGGUAUUUUGAUCGCGCUUCAGCUCACUUUUAUACUGGUGAUUAUACCAGUCUGUGUAUUGCUCCCAGUCUGGAUCGCGGCUUUAGGCAUAGCAGGUUUCUUCGGUGUCAACUGGCUCGUCGUUCUCACACUGAACGGGAGCUCACCAACUUAUACAUCUGAUCCUAAAUACGCGCCGGCGUUACCCGAGCAUGCGCAUGAAAAAUGGAUUUUCAUUAACGGUGUUGCCGCUGGUGAGACCUGGAUGUUGAGCAACCUUAACCGUCUAGCGUUGACAUUCAAGAGGCCAAUCCUGGGUAUACACAACAAGACUACUGGAAUUAUAUUCGAUGUCGUUGAGUGUUUGAUACAGCGCAACUUUGGCUAUGCAACAGUUGACGUACGUGACGCGUACAAAGAAGUAAAGGAGCAUUUGUACAAUCCGGGCCUCUCCAAGGUCGUUUUCAUUCUGCAUUCGCAGGGAGGAAUUGAGGGUAGCAUGGUCCUCGAUUGGCUUUUGCAAGAGUUACCUCAAAAUCUCCUUGCAAAGCUGGAGGUAUAUACCUUUGGCAACGCUGCGAACCACUUUAACAAUCCUCACCGCCAUGUGGAAUCUCAAAAAGCAGAGCAAAAUGACCCUAGCUCUAUGAAUAUAGUUAAAACACCUGUUACGGAGGCCGCCCUUACCGACUCACCAAUAGAGCUCAAAGCGCCCGCUUUAAGUAAGCAAUCGUCAGCUGGUACCAGAGCUGCUUCGAAUACUAAACAUGCCCCUCCAACUCCACCAAACCUUGAGACAGAGGAACACCGCGCCCGUGUAUCUGUUGUACCAGCAGCAGAUCGGGCGAUCGGGCACAUUGAGCAUUAUGCGCACACGACCGACUUCGUUGCAUUAUGGGGCGUGCUUCACUUUGUGACGAACGAAAUGGCUAAUCCUCUUCUUCCACGUUUUAUUGGCCGUGUCUUCUCUCGAACCUCGUCGAGAGGUGGCCACCAAUUGGUCCAGCAUUAUCUAGAUGGCAUGUUUCCUCUCGAGAAAAAUGCGAAAGGUGAAUUUAUUGGCUGUAAGGAUAGCAAUGAAUUCAUGGAUAGUAUAGUAGAGCAUGCACAAGGUGGUACUGAACGGGAUGACGUGCGGGAGGGCAUUGAAAACAGCUGGGCCCUUAUUGGAGGCGACCACGACUCAGGAGCCACACCCGAGGUUGAGGUCCGUGGCAGUUUCCGUGAAGGCAAGCAUCACAAAGGCGAGAUGAGGGUCAAGGACUUGAGUCGGCUCUGGCUGUACAGAAAUGGUCGAAGUCCACCCGAAAUGCCCAAGAGCUUGCCACCAGAUUCAGAUGGCGUUGUCAGAGCCGGAACCUUGUGAUCAUUCAGCACCAGCAACAGCAUCAGCAUCAGCAUCAGCAUCAACAUAUGGCGUUCAUUUGGCCUUUCAGGUUGUGGUUUAUGCACGUAUACCCACUGGUAUACACACGUAAGGAGGGGCAAAAAUUCACACCCUA